GAUUUUCAACAUUAAAUCGAUAUGCUUGACUGUAGAGUGCCCAAUAAAAUGGUAUUUAAACUAACCAUAUUUUUAUUUGUAUCGUAGCUUAAAUAUUGUAAAAAGUAAUCAAGGUUUUUUAUUUAUUUGUGUAAGAGAAUUACGGAUAAAUAUGAUCAGUUCAGAUACUGACCUAAACUCCCCGGAACCAAAACUUCCUCGCACCGAGAGUGAAUCUGAGAUGGAUUCAGAGCAAGAGUUGGAAUUAUGUAUGGAUGAAAUGUAUGUUCGACAGCAUUUUGGAACAACGUCUGAUGAACUUGUCGACAUUAUUUUCAACUUGAGUUUGAAACACGUAACAAGUUUGAUUCCGACAUUAAAAAAGCCUUUAAUGCAACUUGCAAUGGCAGGAAAAUCUGAAGAAGAAAAAUCAGAAAUGAAUACAAAGAUAGAGAAAGGACUGAGGCACUUUUUGGAGACUUUUUAUUCCCGAUUGGAGCAUAAUUCCGACGGCUUGCUGAUUUACCUACGUGAUUAUAUUGUGAGUGUACCGGAUGGUUUCCGUUCUCCAUCAGACAAGGCCCAACUGCAAUAUAAAGAUCUAGUGAAAUCAUUACAAGAAAAGGAGAUCGCUUCGGGAGAGUCAGAAAUAUGUAUUUAUACUGAGCAGAACAUGGCGGACGUUAUGAAAGAAAAAGUAAUUGAGUUACGAGAGAAAUUACAUCAAAAGAAACUCGAAAAAUUGGAUCUAGAAAAUCGAAUACAACAAGCAGAUUCCGUUAUUCGUAGGGCUAAUGUAUUUGAAGAAAAAGUGAACUCUGUAUUAAACAGUUUUCAAGGAUCUCUCUCUGAUUUUGUUCAAAAAAACAUUGCUGCUGCUAUGAAUUUACCUGUUGAUUAUAGUGGUACUAAUUGGUCUGCGAGUACAUAAAAUCAGCAUGAUGUAUAGCUAGCGAUGGGCAAUAUAGCAUAAUUUACCAUUCUAGAAUAGUCAAAUCGAAUCCAGAAUACCGAAUCCUAUUAUAUUUUCAUUGUUAUUCAAAUGUGGGACUUCUCCCACCAUAUCGAUGGAUUACAAUUUGAAAAAGAAAAAAAAGAAUUGUGAAUGUAUAACUAACUACCUUUGUACCUUUGUAUUUAAUUGUUAAAACCCUGCGCAUUGGAUUUUAUGUUGUUGCAAACAGGGCAAUGAAAUUAUUGGAAUAUAAGAAUUUUUUUAAUAAAAUAAUAAGAAAGAAUUGUUACAAACUCCUCACCACUGGUGGCAUGUGGUAUUACAGAAUCAGAGAUGGUAGCAUUUCGAUAAAUAUGUAACUUUACCAUGAUAGGUAAUUUUGUUUUUUUUUAAGAAUUAGUUUGGGAUUACUAUUCGAACAGUCCCGGAACAUUGUUGAUUUAGUUCAAUUUUUUUUUUCUUAUGUAAAAAUAUCCAUGUAUCUUACUUUUUAGGCAAUGGACAUGACCCUAAUACAGUGUUUUUUAACUGGGGGCCGUGGCGCCCUAGGGUUCCCCAUGCAAUGUCCAGUGGGUUGUGCGAGUCCCAUUCAAAUGCGAGAUCUAUAUAUUAAUGUAUUUAUAUUGUUUAAAUAUAAUGAAAUACAUUUUGAGUUUGCCAAUGUUAUUAAACCCGAUACACUUGUUCAACCCGAUCAUUUGUUUGGUCGGAUUAGUUUUCCUUCUAUAUAUAACUUUAGUUUAUACAAUUCAGACAAUGAAAGACAAUUGAACUAUUGUGCACAGGUUCCUGUUUCAGUGGGGGUUCAGCUCCACAGAAAAGGUUGAAGGGCACUCGUUUAAUAAUUGCUUAUCUUAUAGUCUGACUAGUCCUAGUUUUGUACAAUUUUGUUUGUUCACCAUAAUAUUGUUUUUGUUUAUAUGUCGUGUCAUUUAUUGGUAAAUUCAUGUUUGAGUAUGGCAUUUUGAUUUAGUCAUAUUCGAUAGGCAUAGUAUGUACAUAUAAUAUAUCUGUAUCAGAUCAGGUCUAAGCCCUGAUUUUUUGUAAACUUUUUUGUUUUUUAUUUUCAUGCUCUAAAAACUUCCAUGCAGCGAAAUGAUACCAAAAUUUUAAAUCAAUCCUGUGAAAAUCUUAUACAGCAUUUUGAGUCCUAAUACCAGAUAUAUUGCUGCCUUCCCAAUGAUUAACACUGAUGUAGUUUAUUCUCAAUCAUUUCUACACAAUACUGCCAUGUUAAAUAUGAAAUUUGUUUAUCAAUAAACAUAAAUAAAACAAUAUGUCUUAUUGUUGUUCUCAUCUUUGAUUGUUAACAAGCGUGAGCCAUUGAUGGGCCAUAUUUUUAAGAUAUGGCCCAAUUAUCGCAGGCAUACUUGUCAAGAUAGUUUCUCUGAUCUAAAGAGGGCCUAAUAGUAUUUUUGUUGAUUACUUAUUUUCGUUACUUUUUUUU